AUGUUACGAGAGCCGUCAAAUAUGGAGCAAGAAGAUACGUUGGGUGAUCAAAAUUCGUCCACGUCGAUGUCAACAAAUGAUGAUCUGAAAGAAUUAUGUCUUCUGUUGGAUGAAGAAAGACAUAAAAUGCAUCAAUUGGCAGAACAAUGGAAACAUUUUGGAACGAGCACGAUAUUCAAACUUGAAUCUCAAAUAGUUGAUUAUCAAGAAAAGCUAAGUGAUCUUGAAGAGCGACAAAUCUUGUUAUUGAAUGAGAAUGAAGCUCUGAAAAGUCUUAUUGACCAAAUGGCAAUAACCAAUCAUCAUCUGACGUCAUCAAAUAAAAAAUCUCAACAGACAGUCGCAACACAAACAUGCUGCGAAAAAUCUGAACCUCGAGCCGAGGAUCCGUUGCAACAACAAAUUUCUCUUCAAAACAUGUUCGACGCUAUAAAAACUGCUGAAGUUUAUGAAUCAAUUGGAAACAUAACGGGUAAUGAUGCAUCUGAAAAACUCGUCCUGAAAGAGUUCUGUAAUCUCAUUUGGAAAUAUCUCGAAGAACGUUCGAAACCAAAAAGUAGUUGUUUAAUAUAA